CAUGUGCAAUAAGGCCGCAGGAGGACGGGAGGCAUGCAGGAACUCCCUAUCGAUGGACUUGUUCACCUGUGGCAUCUGCAAGCUGACAUUCCACAAGCUGGAUGCUUUCCUAGAACACAAACACAAACAUGAUUUUCAAAAGCAACCAAGCAUAAGAAGUGGAGGUCUCAGGAGCAAGACUGACUCUGUGGACCAUGCUUUCCCCAACAUUAAGACCACUGUAGCCUCAUCAACAAACAACAGUUCCACCUCUCCUUUUCUGACCACUGUCCCAAGAAUGCAGUGUCCAUCACUGCUUGAAAAUUCACCUGGGAUUCUUUCUCAAAUUUCAGAAUGCCCAAGCACUUCAAGAUGCCCCAUGUCUAGUGUAGUUGUUUCCUCACACUGUAACUCUGUUGCUUCAAAAUUAGUGGAUGAAAAUACAACUAAACUUUUUGAAGUAGUAACUCCAAGGUCUCAAGAAAGUACAAAGUCAAAUUUGAGCAACACUUGUAUAGAAACAGGAUCGUUUGAAGGUGAAGAUGGAGAUGUUAUUUUCAUUGAAAUUUCAGAGAAUAAAAGACAGGAUGGUGAGCUAAGGGCAAAAGUGUGUAGGCCAAAUUUUGAAGGUUCUGAAGCCUCUCACAGGAGUUCCAUCACAAGAUCAGAGGACCUAUUUCCCAGGGAUAGUGAAGAAGAGGAGUCAAUCAGCAGUGGACUUGUCAUCAGUAGGGUGGGACUUGAAUGUGGAAUCAGUGAAGCAAAGAUUGAACCUAUCCAAACACACUUCUCAUCUAGUUUAAGUACUUUGGAUGAUCCAGCAUAUGGAAAAGGGAAAAAUGUAGAAUCAGAUUCCUAUGUGAGUUCUGCAUAUCCAUGUGCUGGCAGGAGUGAAGACACCAGUAAUGAGGCUUCCAACUUGAGCAACGUUUCACAUUCCAUUGAAAUGAGUAUCUCCGAGAACUGUAAUGUUUUCUCAACUAUGUAUGGAGGCAAUAAAAUUAUUGCAGAAGACAGUAGAGAAACAGAGAAAAAGUUGGUGCACACUAGUCCACAAGGGAAGAGUUGGACAUCUGAUUCCAUCACAUACACAACUCCAUCAAAUAUAACUCACACCACACCUGCUGGAUCAAAAGAUAAGCAUUGCAUACAGGAAAAACUGUAUGUGAAUAGAGCUGACAUAACAUAUGAAUAUGCUUACAGAGAAAAGCCAAAAAUUAAUCUUGUAGUGGAAGGCCCAUGUGAGGACAUCCCUCAUGAAAGUGGCAUUAACAACAUAAGGGGUAUGAGCCAUGAAGUGCAAGAACAGAUGGAGAAUACUUAUAGUAAGGCUUCCAAAAAAGUGGUUCCAGAUGAUAGAACCACUGUUGAAGGAGAACUACCAAGUUUGAAAAAUGAAGCUAAUGAUGAGGCAGGGAACAGUUCUACAGAAGAGAUCUUUGUGGAACAUCAAGAUAGAUCAACUUCUAAUGGCAACAUGACACACGGGUUUGGGGAUGGGGCUUUAUUGAAUAGCGAGAGCAUGAGCCUUGUACCUGGGGAUUGUUCAGAGUUAGAAUACACGCCUUCCCCAGGAAUCUACACCCUCAUACUCAAUACUGACAACACAUUCAGCUUGGUCUCUGAAGGGUGCCAGGUUCCAGCCACCCAGACCUGUAACACUGUGUUUGUAUGUUGGCCAUGCCAGAAGUUUGCACCAUCACAAGCUGAGAUCUUGAGCCACAUAUCAGCAAACCAUCCACAAGAUCUAUCCAACAUAAAUCAUUGCAUGUUUGAAUUGAGUCCUCUUUCCCCACCCCAUGGUAACAACACAGCAGAAGCUGUCCGACAUGUCAAUGGGAGGAAGGUGCAAAGAAAGUUGGGUUGUCCACGAAAAGAAGAAUUAAUAGGUCAGCAAGAGCCUCAACCAAUAAGAAGAAAAUUCAAGGUAGAAGCAAAUGGUACACUUUGCCUUGACUGUGACAAGCUUUUCCCAAAGCAGCGACAGUUUGACAAGCACCGAUGCAGUGUAUGGCAGGAUGACCAGGUUCUCCAAGACCAGUUACUUUCUAAGCAUCCUGCUAGUCCCUUGACCUCUGCAGAGGGAGGAGCAGAAGAAAUCUCUAAUGCUGAUGCUCUCCAAAAGGAUGAAGCUGAGGAGGAAGAAUGGCAGAGAAGUGGUACUUGCAAGCCGAGAGGUAGAGUAGCAGAAAAGAGGAAAAGAGGACGACCUCCUAAAGUGGACCAACUCAGAGGAGAGACAGUGGAUAAAGAAGCUUUCACUACCAUGCAUCUACCUAAAGGAGAAUGUGAUGAAGUUCUGCUGAGGGACAGAAGUGACAUGUUGCAUCAAUUAACCUCCUCCCAGUCUACGCUGAACUCCACUAAAUGUAGCUCUGACAUAACCAAGAGUGUUGGCCCAUCACGCUUUCAGCACAUUCCCACCCUCCCACUCUUCUCUAAUCCUCAACAGAAGGAACACCUCCACAAGUGGAUUGCUCAAACUGACCUCAGUUUUGUGGAUGACAUCAUAGACAAGGUUUACCCCGAGAAGAAAUUGUCAGAAAAGCGAGAUGCUCCUGCCAUGUUUACAUGUCGUGAGUGUAAGUUGCUGUGUUCUCUGACUUCCUGUAGGCGGCACUGUGCCAAACACAUGACCAAGAAAGCCUUCACAUGUCCAGACUGUGACUUUGCCACCGCCAACAUUGGAGGAUUGUACUCCCACUACCGCAACCACACCCAAAACCUUUAUGCUUGUGACAAAUGUGACUUUCGUGCUCGAAUUAAAGCCCAUUACCGGGACCACUUGGAGACCCACAACCCAUGCAGGCAUAUUUGCCGCAUAUGUCAAAAGCCCUACAGCACCUCUAGCUCCCUCAGGAGCCACAUCUACCUCAACCACAGGAAUGAGGAGGGCAUGAAAUAUGUGUGGUGGCUACGCAGGAAAAACCAGGAACAAGACAAAAAGAAUGUGGUGUUUCAGUGUCCAGUGUGUUAUCAGUUGUUUAGUGAGCUGUCCCUUGCCAAUCAGCACUUUGCAGCUCAUGAACACAGUGCACCUCAAGAAGUGAUGAAGUGUGAGGUGUGUGGCCUAGAACCUCUCUCUCCGGAAAUGCUCAAAAAGCACCUUAUGAAGCAUAAAGUUGUCUACAUUUGCUGCAGUUGUGGUAAACCACAGGUAACAGCUAGCUGUUUGCAUAGUCAUCUCAGGGAAGGAGCCUGCGGCAGUUAUUCAAGAGAUGAUAACUUGAAGCUCUCUCUCCUAUACUCUUACACAAAUGCAGGGACACUGCCAAGUCUCACCUCUAGCAAGGUACUUGGCAUUGGGCCUCUUCUGCAAGAUAUGGAGACAAACAUCAGUCACCAGCACCUACCAGACACAAAGGUUUGCAACAACCUCAAACAACAGAUGAAGGCUGUUGGAUACAGACAAAUAUCUGAACUUCUUCGAGAAAAGCUUGCUGACUUGACAGCUUCAACAUGCAGAACAGAAAUUGAGGUCAUGAAAAUAGUCAUCAGCACAAGAUCCAGUACUACUGUUGAGUAGCAAGAUCCCAUUCCCAUGAUAUACUUGGUUAUUAAAGCAACAGUGCAUGGAAGUUAUGCAGCAUAGUCUCAUUGCUCUUAGGGCAGGAUGUAUAUCAGAGGUUCAGUAUUUCAUUGCUCACGAAAGUAGUCAUUUGUAAGUAUUUCAUUGUAUGUGUAGUGUAUAGAAUUAAUUACAGUUAAUGGUUUUUUUAAUGUAGUGUUAGUGUUUUCACUUGCUAGAGAAAAAAAAUUGGUUAAAAGUAUUUCUUCCCUUACAUAUUCACAGAAGAGGCAUGUAGAGAAAGUUACUUCAGUGGCAAUAAAGUCUAUAUAUUAUUGCCAUUACAUUUUCAGUUAUACUUUUUCCUUUCAUUGUGUCCCAGUCUGUGGUUCUGUUGUGGUAGGCAUUCACUUUUCUAUAACUUACAGGACACCCAUCUCAUCAUGUGUAUGGAGUGAGGAAGUGCAAUCAUGUCAAACAAUCUAGUGACUUGCCAGGGAAGGUCCUCUUCAUUCCAGUUACUAGUUGGAGGCAUGUAUGGUAUUCAUGCAUAUUUUUCUACAUUCUCAUGUAUGUCAUUGUGUUCUGUGAUGUUUGAAGGAACUUUAUGAAUAAUGAUAAGUUGUGCAAUAAAAUUGUAAUAAGGUAA